AUGUUCAUCACCAAAAUCAUUCUCGAUGGCUUCAAGUCAUAUGGCAGAAAGGUGGAGCUUACUGGAUUUGAUGAGUCGUUCAAUGCCAUCACCGGCUUCAACGGCAGUGGCAAGUCAAACAUCCUAGACGCUAUUGUUUUCGUUCUUGGACUCAGCAAACUGGAGAUGGCUCGCUGCCAUACACUUACUGACCUCAUCUACAAAAACGGACAAACAGGCGUCACUUCCGCCUCGGUCACCAUUGAAAUCGACAACUCCGACGACAAGUUCAAGCACACUGAAUAUCGAGGUUCAAAGAAGAUUGUCGUCAGACGCGAAGUUAAUUUGAAAAACCAAUCUAAAUAUUUCAUAGAUGGGUUUUCUGUCACUAAGGAAAAGAUCCUCGACUUUUUUCAGGCUGUGUCUCUCAACAUCCACAAUCCACAUUUUUUGAUUAUGCAAGGAAAAAUUGUCAAAACUUCUGCUGCAAAACCAACAGAGAUUUUAAGCAUGGUUGAAGAAGCCGUCGGCGUGAGCACAUACGAAACAAAGAAAAAGCAUAAUUUGGCAAAAAUCGCCAAAUGUGAUAAGAUUUUGGAGGAGAACGAUAAACUACUCAGUGAAAGUAUUCGUCCGAAAAUGAAACAGCUGGAAGAGGAACAGCAAAAGCUUGUCAAGUUUCGUGAUAUUCAAGCGAAAUUCGACAGGGAUAACAAAAUUUUCACCGCAUAUUGCUAUAUGAACGACAAACAUCUCGUGGAUAAUGCCGAUAGAAAUAUUGCUAAAUUGGAAGAGCAGAUAAAUGAAAAAGAAGCGUCCAACACCGAACUUGAUGAGGAACAAAGGAAGCUUAUCGAUGAGAUAAAAGCUCUUCAAAGGCAGUUAAACGCAGAGCAAGGGGGCGAUUUGAAAAAGUUUGAAGAGGAACUCGUUGAAAAACGUGCCGCUAAAGAUCGUAUUGCUACGGAUCGAAAACUUCAAAUCGAUGAACUGAAAAAAGAACAAGAUCAAGAAAGUAAGCUACAAAAGAACUUUGAUAAGGAAAAUAAAGCCGCUGAGAAAAGGAAACAGGACUAUAAAAAUGCCGAGGAUCGUUUGAAAAACCUUCGUGAUGAGAACGCCGCAAACGAGGCGAGUCUGCAAAAAGCGCACAGCAACUAUGAAGUCGCCCUCGGAUUGGGCGGCGGUGAGGACUCUGCAACUUUAGGUGAACAGCUGAGAACUGCACAGAACGAACUCAGUGAAGUUGUAAAAAAGGAAAAUUUGAACAAGAAGAACAUUGAAAGCAAAGGCAAGGCGGUCGCUCAGAAGAGGCAUCAAAUUGAAUCAGAGAAAGCCGCCUAUGAAAAGGCAAAAAGAAAUAUUGAGGAGCACACUCACGAAGCUGAAAAGCUCAAGGAGAAAGUGGAUGCAAUUAAUUUCGACCGAGAUCGUUUCACAGAAUUGAGCGAACGAGUUGCCGAAACUAAAGCUAAGAUAAAAGAGGAAGAGCGAAAUCUACAGAACUUGUACAUUCCAGCCCUCGACUUCAAAUACCAUUUCAACAGGAACUCAUUACCUAGUGGUUUUGAAAAGGAAAACGUUUACGGACCUGCUUGCAAACUUUUCACUGUCAGAAACAUUGAAGAACACUCUCUGGCUGUUGAUAAGGUUUGUGGCGGAAAGCUGUACAACAUUGUCGUGGCAAAUGAUCGUACGGCAAAGACGCUCCUCAAAGACGGUAACAUCAGAGAGCGGCGAACAUUUUUGCCCCUGAACACGAUUCGAGGCCGUGAUACUGAUAGGCAUGCAUUUCGAGUUGCUGAGCGCCUCGUUGGAAAAGGCAACGUUCACAAUGCAAUCAACCUGGUCAACUACGAACAGCGUUUUGAAAUGGUCAUGAAGAACAUCUUUGGCGACACGCUCGUUUGCCCGAACAUUGACAUGGCCGAUAAGGUUGGCUUUAACAGUGAAGUCAGAAAGCGAACCGUCACCUUUGAUGGCGAAAUUGUGGAUCCAGCUGGCACAAUGACGACAGGCAGCGCCAACCGAGACAGAUCGAUCACAGCCAUUGUCCAUCAAAUUGUGAUGAUCGAAGCAGAAGUUGAAAGACUUAAAAUUCGACUUCAGCAGGACCAGCAGGAGUUGGCUGAACUGAACAAUCUUAACGCACAGUACACUGCUGAAUUCAAAAAGUACGAUCUCAAACGACGUUUUAUCGCCACGUUGGAAACUGCUCUCUCUGAAAGUAAUCACCAGGUGAUUUUGCAAGAGAUUGAAACAAUGGAAAAUGAGAUCAAUAAAGCAAAGGAAGAAAAUGAAAAUCUUGCUAAAGAACGUGCUGAGCUGGAGAAUGACAUUCAAAGAUUAAAGAACACCAUUGAGAAUGCCGGCUCAAAUCGUGAUAAGGCAAAGAAGGAUGCCGAGAAAAACAUUCAAACUGCUAGGAAAACGCGUGAUGCUUCAAAGGUGCAGCUGGAAAAGGAGGAGAAGAACUUUGAAGUACUGAGCCGAGAGAUUGAGCAUAAUGAGGAAAGUCUGGCCAGUUUGACAGAGAAGUUGGACACGAUUAAGGGCAACAUUGCAGCCAUUAAUGAGCGAAUUGAACAGUUUAAUGCGCAGAUAGACGAAGCACAGAAGGCAAUUGAAGUAGUUGAGGCUCAGUUCAAAGUUUGCCAAGACAGACUGAAUGCCCAGUCAGGGGAAAUAAAGAAGCGCCAAAAAAAAGUGGAUUCGCUGAAAAAGACCAUCGAAGACAACGAGGCAAAAGUGAAAUCGUUGAAGCACGAAAUAGAUGUAGUCAACAUCGGCAUCAAAACAGCAGCAACGAACUUGAAAAACUACGAAAAAAGCUUCCCGUGGAUUGCUGAAGAAAAGGAUUCUUUCGAUAAUCCUGACUCGGAGUACCAUAUUUUGCGCAACAACUUCAAUGCCAAGGAGUUCAAAGUCAAGUUGGAUCAACUAAAGAGAGAAAAGGAUGCGAUGUCUAAAAAAGUCAACCUAAAGGCCAACAUUAUGCAGAGUGAAAAGCAAAAAGAGUGCGAGGAACUUGAAAGGAAGCGAGGUAUUAUUAUCUCUGACCGCCAAAAGCUCAAGAAGUACAUUGAAAAGGUGGAGAAGGAGAAAGAUAUUGAACUGCGGAAAGCAUAUGAGAAAAUCAACGAAUCUUUCGGCGCCAUUUUUCACACCUUUCUCAACUACGCAAACUGCAAGCUGUCUCCAGUGAAUCGAAAUAACAUUAAGGAAGGCCUUGAAAUCAAGGUCUGCUUUGGUAACGUCUGGAAAGAAUCUCUCUCCGAGCUCAGUGGUGGCCAGCGGUCAUUGGUGGCCCUCUCUUUGGUGCUCUCCCUGCUCAGGUACAAUCCUGCUCCACUGUACAUUCUCGACGAAGUUGACGCCGCUCUCGAUCAGAGUCACACGCAGAACAUUGGCAUCAUGAUCCGAAAGCACUUCUCCACCUCACAGUUCAUCAUUGUCUCUCUAAAGGACGACAUGUUCAACAACGCCAACGUCCUCUACCAAACUAAAUUCAUUGACGGUUUCUCAACUGUGACACGUCGUUCUUUAUUGUAG